AUGCGGCACCACAUACAGCUUUCACUCACUGCGCUAUUAGCGGGCGCGAACGUUGCUCUUGCUGUUCAUAAGCCUUUCAGCAUACAAGAUGAUGUGCUGGCGACCCCUCAGUUUGAGGUAUUAUUUCCCGAUGAAUAUAUAUUAGAAUCGGAUGCGCGACUACGGCUUUCAAAAGCUCAGUCACAACAUGAUACUGCCACCACCAUACCCUCGCAACCAUCAAAGGCGUCUAGUAUCGUUUCUCAGGAUGACCGGUCAGACCUGUCGCAACAAGUGCUUCAGGAAGAACCAGGGAUGGGAGAUAAGAGCUCCAACCCAAACGAAGAUGAUAUAAUGAUGGACUCAUAUCAUGAAAUGGUUCUGGAUGGCCAGAGAUUCCUCUGCGGCAUCCCCAACGUAUCGCCUUCAAGCAAGGAUAACACAUCUACGCCAACUCCCAACCCGGACCAGGAAGCUGUGGAAUUGAUGAGGGCAACCAACAGAGGCCUUGAAUUGCUUAGUGAUCUAGAAGGGAAAUGUCUCUACUACGCCGCUGGCUGGUGGUCAUACUCGUUCUGCUAUAUGAACGAGGUACGGCAAUUUCAUGCUCGACUCCCAGGAAAAGGGGUCCCUGUUUAUCCGCCUGCAGAAGAUCCGGAUUCUACAACCUAUGUACUCGGGAGAUUCCAAGGUAACAAUGCAGAUGACAGCCAGUCCACCGCCGCCUCUACAGAGGUGGCUGCCUUGCAGACGAAGGGAGACUCAUGGUACUUGGUGCAGUACCUAGAACAAGGCACCAAAUGCGACCUGACAAGGCGGCCUCGCAAGAUUGAAGUGCAAUUUCACUGUCAUCCACAGUCUCCGGAGCACAUUGCAUGGAUUAAAGAGGUUACCACGUGUUCUUAUGUUAUGGUAGUAUAUACUCCAAGGCUCUGCAACGAUGUCGCAUUCCAGCCACCGCGGGUGGAGAAGCCGAACAGUAUAAAGUGCCGAGAGAUAAUAUUACCGGAACAUGUCCCCAUUUGGGAGGCUGCCAAAGCGGCUAAGAAAGCCCAAGCGAAGCGGGAACGUGUCGAAGGCACGGAAGAACCUUUCGUUUUAGUCGGAGACAUCGAAGUCGGAGCGAUGAAGCUGGUAGGCAAGGACGGAAAACGCAUUGAGAAAGACCAAUUUGGAUUUGGUGGAACAGAGAAGAUAGUGCUUGUGGCAAAGAGCGAGGGGGGCAAGGUGAAGAUUUUAUCGAAGGAAAUGCUCAAGAAACACAAAGUGAGUAACGAGAAGUUCGAGCAGGUGAAGAAGGAGAUGGAUAUAGCUGCGGAUGGCAGGGAUUGGAGACUAGAGGAAGUCACUACGAGUAACGGCGAAGGGCUACGCGGCAUUAUCGAUGAAGCGGACAAUGAUGACGAGGAGGAAGGAGAUGAAGGGGAAGCAGAGAGCAAACCGGGCAAGGGUACCGCAAACAAAGACGAGAAACCCAAGCAGCAAAAGAAGAAGAAGAAUAAGAGUAAGAAGCAGCAAAAGCCAGCAAAGGGGGAGACGCUGAAGAAACCACAGAGGCAAAAGACAUCAGAUGAGACCGUGCCUGAAGCCGGCAGCGAUGAAACUUAUAAAACGGGCAACAAGGAAGAAAAGGAGAAGAAGGAGAAGCUCGUCAAGGCUGACAAGGAGGAAACCAACAAGAAAGACGAGAAAGACGAGAAAGAUGAAUUGUAG